CUGCUUGACAUCUGUGUGACAUGGAGUCAACCAACUUGUGGCACCUCUCAGCUGUUAUUCCACUCCAUGAUUCUUUAACAACAUUCCACAAUUCAUUCACAUUUCUUGGUUUUGCUUCAGAAACAGCAUUUUUGAUAUCACCCCACAAGUUCUCAAUUGGAUUAAGGUCUGGAGAUUGGGCUGGCCACUCCAUAACAUUAAUUUUGUUGGUUUGGAACCAAGACUUUGCCCGUUUACUAGUGUGUUUUGGGUCAUUGUCUUGUUGAAACAACCAUUUCAAGGGCAUGUCCUCUUCAGCAUAGGGCAACAUGACCUCUUCAAGUAUUUUAACAUAUGCAAACUGAUCCAUGAUCCCUGGUAUGCGAUAAAUAGGCCCAACACCAUAGUAGGAGAAACAUGCCCAUAUCAUGAUGCUUGCACCUCCAUGCUUCACUGUCUUCACUGUGUACUGUGGCUUGAAUUCAGAGUUUGGGGGUCGUCUCACAAACUGCCUGUGGCCCUUGGACCCAAAAAGAACAAUUUUACUCUCAUCAGUCCACAAAAUGUUCCUCCAUUUCUCUUUAGGCCAGUUGAUGUGUUCUUUGGCAAAUUGUAACCUCUUCUGCACAUGCCUUUUUUUUAACAGAGGGACUUUGCGGGGGAUUCUUGAAAAUAGAUUAACUUCACACAGACGUCUUCUAACUGUCACAGUACUUACAGGAAAGGUGACUAUGAGGACUGAGACAGGGCCUGGGACUGAGGUGACACCCCAACAUGAGGGCACUGAAGUUACCAUUCCAGAGUCAGGCUCAGAUGGUAAAACGGCGAAAGAGGAUGUCAAUCCUUAUGAUGACACUGAAGAUGUACAUGAUGCAUCAGACAGAACAACAUCCAACAAGAGUCCAAGAUCCCCUCAAAAAGGCUUAAAACGGUCCAAGACUGUUCCCUUUAAAGUCACACUUUUGGACAGCUCUAUUUAUGAAGAGAACAUUGAGAAGCAAUGUAAGGGGCAGGUUCUCCUGGACCUGGUGUGUGAACAUCUAAACUUGUUGGAAAAGGACUAUUUCGGCUUGACCUUCAGUGAUUCUGACAGCCAAAAGAACUGGUUGGACCUGUCCAAAGAGGUCAAGAAACAGAUGAGAACAUCUUCUUGGCAAUUAAAUUUUGCUGUAAAGUUCUAUCCACCGGACCCCUCCCAGUUAAUGGAAGACAUUACAAGGUACUACCUGUGUUUGCAGCUGCGAAAUGACAUCCUCUCUGGCCGUCUGCCCUGUUCCUUUGUCACACAUGCUUUGCUGGGUUCCUACACCGUGCAGGCAGAACUGGGAGACUUUGACCAAGAUGACCAUGGCUCAGACUACGUUAGUGAAUUCCACUUUGCCCCCAAUCAAACUCGUGAACUGGAGGAGAGGGUUAUGGAACUACAUAGAACUUACAGGGGAAUGACACCUGCUGAGGCGGAAAUUAAUUUCUUGGAAAAUGCAAAGAAACUCUCCAUGUACGGUGUUGACCUGCAUCAUGCUAAGGAUUCAGAAGGGAUUGACAUAAUGCUGGGUGUGUGUGCCAAUGGUCUAUUGGUUUACCGUGACAGGCUGAGAAUCAAUCGAUUUGCCUGGCCAAAGAUCCUCAAGAUCUCCUACAAAAGGAGUAAUUUCUACAUCAAGAUCCGCCCUGGAGAGUAUGAGCAAUUUGAGAGCACCAUUGGCUUCAAGCUUUCUAAUCACAGAGCCGCCAAGAGGCUAUGGAAGGUCUGCAUUGAACACCACACCUUUUUCAGGCUAGUGUCUCCUGAGCCACCACCAAAGGGCUUUCUGGUGAUGGGUUCAAAGUUCAGAUACAGUGGAAGGACCCAGGCCCAGACACGGCAGGCCAGCACUCUCAUCGAUCGGCCCGCUCCCCACAUUGAACGGUCCACUAGCAAGAGAUACCUUCUUUCUCGCAGUCUAGAUGGAGAAUUUUGUCAACCGGUAUCCACACUGGGUGAAAUUCAUGAUGGUUUGUCUCAGAAGAGUGAGAGUGAGCAGCCGCAGUUUCUUUCUGGAGAUGAAGCUGAUGCAGAUGUAAGUCUGGAUCAAGACCAGGAACAAGUUCAAGAGUAUAUCAACAGUGAAGAUGCUGUUUCGACACCUACAAUAAAAAAGGACAUUAAGGAAUCAACACCUCUACAUAAGCAGGAGUUUCUCGACAAAUCAGAGGAUGUUCUCUUGAAGCACCAAGCCAGCAUCAAUGAGCUGAAGCGUGCCCUCAGGGAGCCCAACAGCAAACUGAUGAACCGGGAAAAACGUCUGUCAGGGACAUCCCCAGACGGCAUUCCAGAGAAGAAGGCUCCCCCGGUUGCCAAGAAAGACCCCAGUGCAGUGAAUGCAGCCCAGAUGUUGAAAAAAGGAGCAGUUAAAAUGGAACUCCAUUCUAAUGGCUCUGAGGCACCUGUCAAAGACAUCUGUUAUCAUAAACUGGAAGAGAGCAGAGUUAAGGACGCAAAAGAGAAUGAGUCCCCUGUACGGUCAAACAGUGUAGAAAGACAAUUUGUUGCUUCUCCUAUCACCGUCACUACGGAAAGCAUUACCUCAGCAACCACGACUCAAGUGUCCAAGACAGUAAAAGGAGGUUAUGCAGAGACCAGGAUUGAGAAAAGAAUCAUCAUAACAGGAGAUGAUGAUGUCGAUCAACAUCAGGCCCUCGCCAUGGCAAUACAGGAGGCCAAACAACAGCACCCUGAUAUGCUGGUGACUAAGGCCAUAGUGGUCAGGGAAACAGACUCUUCAUAUGAAUAGAAACAUCGAACAUAUGAGUCUUGAUCAAUAAAAGAUGCUAUUUGGAACGUGGAGAGAAGAUCAACUCUAGUUCUAUGUAUUUCAGUUGAAAGGAGUUGUGCUACUUAUGCUACUGAACAGUUUGCCAAAACAAAUCACCCAUGCACCCAGUCCUCUGCCAUCACAAUCUAAUCUGUCUAAUUAAGUGACAAUCUCCCAUCCUCCGGUGUCUUUACAAUGCUCUGUACCAUUCAGAUUACUUUCAACAUAUCAACUGUAGUCGGAAUUAUCUGCAGCCUUGUAUAAAUGUCAGUAAUUUAACAUUUAAUUUAGAGGGGAUAUAAAUAAAAUUGCUGAAAGUGUUGGUAAACUAAUGCUAUUAUGCAUGGACUUCAUUCUGUGACAUCAGACUUGGAAAAAAAAAUCCUUCCAAACUGAAUCCAUGUGGCAUUUUGUUGUGUCAAGACGUGGCAAUGAUUAUAUACAAAAAAAAAAAAAAAACCUUUCAAACUCCUUGCUUUCUUCAACAUUAUUUUACCUAGGUCAACUGAGGAUCAAUAUUAACUUGGCUCCAUUCAAAAUCUUGUUGACUUGCUUAUUAGGGUACAUGUUAGGGCAUCAUUAACCUGACACGAAGACUUUUCAAAAAGAUAAUUAUACUGCUGUCUUAGAAAUCUUAUAAAUAAGGAAAUUCCAUAAUACAUUUUAAUGAGCUCAAUGAAAAUAUAUAAUCCAAGAUGGUGGUUGAGGUUAGAAAAAUGUUGCUUACAUAGAAUCAAUUAAAUAAUAAUGUUUUAUAAAUAACAAAAAAAUUUUAUUUUUUAUUUUUAUUAGAGUAUCAUGUCAUUAUUCACAUUCUUUAUUUAAAUGCAUUUCUCAGUCUUCUGUGUGGAACUUUGACAUAUUGUAUCGUAGAAUGUUUUAAAUCUUUGUUAUAUUAAAUGAGAAUAUUAUAUUAUGUUUAAAAUCAGUUGUUUCAGGAUGUUGUUGCCUUGGAAGGACAGAGCAACUCACAAGGUUGUUUUCUAGUUUCUUAUGCUUGAUCAAUAAAAUUUAUUUUGGUUUUAUAAUUAAUUUUUAAAUGUUUAUUAUGUAAGGCCUUUUUUGAUUUUCAGUUAGUUACAUUUAAAUUAUGCUAUUAUUACUUUUUUUAUGACUUUUUUUUAUAUGCUCGCUUAAUUUUAGAUUCUGGGUUUUCUAUCUCUAUAAAUUGUUACCAUACAGCAGUGUGAAUGUAACGUAUCUGUAUAUUCCAAUCAAAAGCAUAACACAUAUUGUAAACAAAUUGUGCAUUGUCAUAUAAAAAAAGAAAAAAAAAACAUUCAUCAUAUAUUUUUAUGUUCUAUGCUUUCUAGUGCAGAAAUCCACUAACAGAGGGGUACUAUAUACUGUGAGCUCUUGCUUUCAAAAUUUUUGCAAUAAUUCAUGUUUGUAGAUAAAACUGUGAUUUAUACAUACUGUGUUUAUUCCACAUUAUGGCACCAAUGUGUCACCGUUAACCAUGUUUUUUGUGUCUGUAUGUCACACUUCUCAACACUUUUUCCUGAGGGAUGGAAGAUGCUUGGGGAAUGUCUGCAGAAAUAAAUCUGCAGAAUUUUUGUGGACCUGCUAAAAAGUUAAUCCUACUGUUAAUUUUGGAAAAAUGUUACUACGUGAUUCUCUCAUAUAUAGAUGUCAGAGCAUCAUCAGGUUUCAAGCAGUUGAGUCUGUUAUUAAGCAAAAAGUUAAUGGAAUAAAGGACUGUUACUAUGAUUAA